AUGGUUUGCAUCGGUCUUUGUACAGAUAAUUUGAAGGUUGUGGCAAUGAAAGAUGCCAAGGAUAAGUCUGACUCCUUGCAUCCUGCUAUAUGCUACAUGAUUGCGAGGUCAACGGCAGAGCUUAAAAGGUUGGCGGUGGUGGGCGCUAGUGCUAACGCCCAUCAUACGAUUUGGGACAGCCCCGACAUCAAUCAGCGAGAUGAGUCUCUACUCGAUUAUAUUUUACAAAGUAGUCUAGUGGUAACUAAUGGAGACAAGUUCAAGUGCUUCACAACUUCCAAUCGAACUGCAACUCAAAAUAGUGCUGCCGGCGAUGGACAAUCUGUUCGCAAAGUGGCUUCCUUAUUUGGUGUGGGUGAUGGAGGCACUAUUAAAAAUGUAACGCAACGAAUUUUUAUAGCCAUAUUGCGAUUAAAAAAUGAGUUUUUAUACUGGCCCAAUGAAAGAGAAAGACUGGAAAUUGUGUCCGCAACUUCGAAAGAAAUGCCAGGGUGUGUGGGUUACAUCGAUGGUUCCGAAAUAAAAUUAGCUGAAGCACCAGUUAUGCAGCAUGAAAUUUACUAUUCGCGUAAACGUCAAUAUUCUGUAAAACUACAAGCGAUUUGUGACUAUAAAUUGCGCAUAAGACAGGUGACGAUUGGUUACCCAGGCAGUGUACAUGACGCGAAAAUAUUUUCAAAUUGUUCACUAGCAAAGCAUCCGGAACGAUUCUUGUCGACAUCACAGUGGGUCGCGGGAGAUAGUGCCUAUCCACUGAAACCAUAUUUAAUAACGCCCUUCCGGCAAAACAGUGUUGAACAUAGAAAAGAAGAAAGGGAUUUAAUCAACGCGUAUUUUUCCAAAUACCGUGUACGAAUUGAGAAUUGUUUUGGACUUUUGAAAGAGAAAUUCGGUAGUUUAAAGGAGCUUAAAUUUAGAAUGCUUUCAACGUCAAAUAAGAAGGAAUGCAAUGACUGGAUUAUGGCGUGUUGUAUUCUUCACAACAUGUUAAUCAGUUUCGAUAUAGAUAAUGAAAACAACAAUGAAGUUUUGAUGCCACAAUUCCCUUUAUCAUAA